UUGCUCACGUCUCUGGCUUCAUUGACAACCAGGUCGCCAUGACAACGACUACCAACCGCACGUGUGACUUACAAUAUUGCAAGUCGAAUGCAACACGACGGAUCGUGUAACAGCACCAGCUGGCGCGGGAAGGUCUACAUGAGGAUGUUUAUCAGUUGUGGGCUGGUGUCUAUCCUGUUGACAUGUACUUGUGGUCAGUUAGAAUGGCAACAGAUUGCCAGCCCCAGUCUGACUCCGGAACCUCGUAGAGAUGCUGGUCUGGGCUAUGACGCCACCAGAAAUCAACUGGUCCUGUUUGGAGGCAGACCAUGGUCUGACAACGAUACGUGGAUAUUUGACAUAAGUGCAGGGACAUGGAGAUCUGUAAAUACAGCAGUUCAGCCAGCGUCUCGGUUCAGCUUUGUGAGUGGACUACAGGGCGACUAUUUCUACAUCGCUAUGGGAGAGGGCCUCAACCGACAGUUUUACAAUGAUAUAUGGCACUUCAGUCUGGUAACAGAGACUUGGGAGGAAUUGCCAGCUCAGAAGAGACCAUCUCACCUCAGUGCGAGUCAGUGGGAUGAGAGCAUGGGCCCCAGACCAGAGGCGCGGUACGGUGCUGCAGGGGGCAUCCAUUCUCUUGGCUCGAGUCUGUUUGUUAACCAGGGAUUCUCAACUCGGCGAUACUUUGAUACUUAUUCCUACAAUGUCUUAAAUCAAAGCUGGUCUGCAGAAUAUUGUUCAGACUCUACCUGUAACCCGUACAACCCCAGCUAUCCCCAUGCCAGGUGUCUACAUGCCGGGGCCAUGGUUUCACCUCAUGAGUUUGUCAUGUUUGGAGGGUGUAUGAGCGGAGGGUUAACAGGGGGCCCUUGUCCCUCUGGAGACACCUGGAUCUACAACAGUCAGACCGACAGUUGGACACAGAUAGAUGGCUGCCCCUCCCCAAGAGUAUAUUCAACGAUGGCCAUGGUUCCUAGCUCCGGUGGAAAACGCAGGUUGGUGCUCUAUGGAGGGAAGGAGGAGCUCCGUCAAGUCCUCUCAACCACAGUUUCUGAGGCUGAUGAAGUGUCAGUUUUAGACCCAGAUGGUCUAGUAUGGUAUCGACAAAAAGCCAAGUAUUCAACUUCUCCUCCUGGAAAGCGUUUGUCUGCGUCCAUGGCGACAGCUACUUCAGGUGUUUACAUGUUUGGAGGUGCAAUACUAGAAUCAGGGGAUGUCGCCAAUGACCUCUGGCUGCUAAGCGGCACUGCUAUGGAUACUGAAUCAGCUGUUAUGCUUUCCUGUACCAAGCACUUUGCUAAUUGGAUCCUUCUUCAUGGUAUCUUCAUGACGUUUGCCUGGGGUGGUUUCCUUACUUGGGGAGCCUUGAUUGCUCGAUAUUUCAAUGGCAAAGGCAAACUUUGGUUUAUUUUCCACGUGUCAUUUCAGGUGAUAGGUCUUAUCCUGGCUAUAGUGGGUACCGUGUUUGCUGUCCUUUCUGUCCAGUCUAAACACUUCAUGUUUGCCCAUGGAGCCAUAGGUCUGGUGGUAAUGAUACUUGGCCUUCUCCAGCCGUUCAAUGCGUGUUUUCGAGGCAAAAGACCCGAAAUAGGAGAAAAGAGAACUUUGCGGCGUAAGAUUUGGGAACUUAUUCAUCAUUUUAGUGGUCGUAUUGCUGUUGUGUUGGCCCUCGUGAACAUUAGUCUGGGCGUAUUUUUCGCUGUAGUAAGGACCCCUGUCUGGGCUCUCUGGUAUGCCUACUUUGCUUUGAUACUCAUACUGAUUGUGAUUGCUGAGAUUGUCCGUGGGUUCACCAAGGAGGGACGCAUUCACGCUCAAGUGCCCCCUACAAACCAAACAUCUCACGGGGAGAAUUAUCAAGUUCCUGCAGAGCCAAAUGGUACGACAAAUUAUACAAAUCCAGAAUUCAAUUCUGACCUCCCUAAAAAAACAUAAUUUGUUAUUGUGUGGUAUCAGUCAAAUUUCAGAAAUGGAUGUGUGCAUAAUACGUACAAUUUGUACAUGUAUAGACAAUAUGUUCAGUGUGUGUAACGAUGGGGGAGGUACAGGGGGGAGGUAUAAAGCUUGAUGGAUUGUGAAGAUGUUAAAGUUGAUCUUAUCUAUCAUUAUAGUCAUUGCACAAUUGUACUAGAUUUAUCACUUCAUAAUAUUCAGAUUAGGUUAUUUUGUAUUAUAGUGAAUCCUGUUUAUUACAAAUGCUCAGAGGACCUAAAAAAAUGGCUGUCCACAAUAAAUCGUGUUUAUCACAAACACUCCACGGACCCGAUAUCCUCGAUACUCCAGCAGUUACAUUCACUUUCCAUCUCUGGAAUAAGUCAUAACAAAAUCAAAGGCGAAGCCAGCACCACCUUGUGGAUAAAACAAAGAGACUAUACGACUUUGACUGUUAGAUGAUAUCAAAUGAAUCUCCAGGUCACCGUUAAAUUGACUGGGUUUGAACGCAGUUCUUAACUCCUUUAUAAUUUUCAAAAGAUAAUACAUCAGAUUACUGAUGGGUCCAGCUGUUGUUCAUGCCACCAAUCAAAAAGCUAGCUCUUAGUUAUUUAUGUCUUUAAUUUUGGCAUGACAUACUCCAGAGGUGCUUUGGUUUGUUUUUGUUUAACGUCCUAUUAACAGCCAGGGUCAUUUAAGGACGUGCCAGGUUUUGGAGGUGGAGGAAAGCUGGAGUACCCGGAGAAAAACCACCGGCCUAUGGUCAGUACCUGGCAACUGCCCCACGUAGGUAUCAAACUCGCAACCCAGAGGUGGAGGGCUAGUGUUAAAGUGUCGGGACACCUUAACCACUCGGCCACUGCGGCCCCUAACCAGAGGUGCAGAGUGAGAUCGAAAGUAAGUUGAGUGCCCCCUAGAUUACCGAGGAUGAGGACCUGAGAAAUAGGUUGUCUACAGUAUAUCAAUGUUUCUGACAAACCCUUGUGUUCUUAGAGAAGAUUUUCUGUAGAAAACCUUUGUUAUUGAGUUUGAAGUUAUAGUGAGUAUUUUCCUUAAAAGAGGAGACACAUAGUUUUGUUAUAAACUUUCUGAGUAUUGAUUGUGUUCAGAGUAAACAAGUUAUAUCAUACAUUUAAACUUGUACAACAGUUGAGAGAAAAUAAAAUAUACUCAAACUAAA